GCGCUGCUGGGUGUGUCAUCACUGUCCUCUCCUCCUGCCCUCACGUCUCACAGGCAGCACCACGAGCGACCACCACGCCGCCACGCCAACCCUAGGGUCUACGCUACGCUACGAGGAAGGAGGAGCAAGAGGGAAGCGGCAGGUCGAUGGUGUCCAUGAGCACGACGCCGCACCCGCUGGAUCCGUCGGUCCCGGCCGUCGCCGGGGGCGGCAAGGAGGAGGAGGAGGAGGCGGGGCGGGCGCGGGAGGAGGCCGCCGCCGCCGCCGCCGCCCCCGCGGCGGUGCCCGUGCCGACGGUUGGGAACGACGACGACGACGACGGGCCCCGGAGGGUGCGCAAGCCCUACACCAUCACCAAGUCGCGCGAGAGCUGGACCGACCCCGAGCACGACAAGUUCCUCGAGGCGCUGCAGCUCUUUGACCGUGACUGGAAAAAGAUCGAAGCAUAUGUUGGCUCCAAGACAGUAAUACAGAUCAGGAGUCAUGCACAAAAGUACUUUUUGAAGGUUCAAAAGAAUGGAACAGGUGAACAUUUGCCCCCGCCUAGGCCAAAACGAAAGGCUGCCCAUCCAUAUCCACACAAAGCCUCAAAAAAAGCCCUUCAAGUUGUCUUACCACAACAAGCUUCACAUAUAAUGGAGCAAGGCUGUGGUACACCUAUGGAUACUGCUACUGUUGCUACAGACUCGAGUGCAAAUGAUGCUUUUCCUGUUCAACAUUUCAGUCCGAGGCAUACACAAGGUGCAACAUAUAAUAACUCUAGUAGCAUAGGUAGCCAAUCUGGAACUUGGCCAACUUCUGAAGGCACAGAACAAGACAUCAGGCAUCCAGCACUGAGUGCCAUGCCAGACUUUGCUCGUGUAUACAACUUCCUGGGAAGCAUAUUUGAUCCAGAGACAAAUGGUCAUUUGCAACAGUUGAAGGAAAUGGAUCCUAUUGAUGCUGAAACGGUACUGUUGCUGAUGAAAAACCUGUCAAUCAACCUAACUAGCCCAAACUUUGAGGAACAUAGGAGGUUGCUCUCUUCACAUGCCUCAAGCAUGGAUCAAGAAAUGGGCUCUUCUCACAUUCAUCUUCCAUUCAUGAUAACAAGCAAGUGAGAGAAGCUGCCCUCAAGCCAACGGCGUUGGAGUCACUCUGGAGCAUGGCGAUGUCCCUAGGGGUGCUUGCUAGCCUCCUGUUGUAGUGCGGCAUUUGUACAUAGCUCUUAGUAAUGCCCCUAACCACCUUAGGCUAGGUUUGCUCGACAUGUUGUAGGUUAUGCGCCUUUUGAUUCUUUGCCCCUCCAGUUUUGCCCAUUGUAACUUAUAAUAUGCGUGCCUUAUGCCUCUUUACCCCUUUUCCCCCCUCAUAAGGAUGAAUGGGUGGCAUGUAGUUUUGGCCGUGUGUGUAUAUAGCAUGCGGAUGUAUGUGUACAGCAGGCGGCUAUAGCAAACUGUUGUUGUAAGGCAUAAUAAGCUGAUAGUGUGUGGUCCUAUUCUACAGCAGGUCAUGCCAGAUACACCUCCGAACUUACUGUCGUUUUGUAUUGUAUGAUAAGGGCACAUGUAACAUAAAUAAAAUUUUAGUUGCCCUUCUGGUUGCAGUAACUCUUGUGGAUCUGGAGUUUUGUCCUUGUGUAUCUGAUCUUGAUCUGAUUCGGACACGCCAAUGUGAGAUUUA